GAAUCAUCAGCAUAUUGAUGUGUACUGCAAAAUUUUCAAAUCUGACAUAUACAGCGAAAACGACAAAGGUCCUAAAAUAAUACUAAAAAAAUAUUAGCCUUGUGCUACCCCGUAUUAAUCGGAACCGUAGGGAAUGUCGCAGCGUGUUCUUUGAAACGAACUUCCACCCCACAGCAUGGACACUGGCCUGGGGUCGACCCCAUAUGUUUACAGCAGUCCGUCUGUCCUGCCCGCUGCACGUGAUAUAUCCAUUUUGAGCGGCGCCAGGUAACCUUUACCUGCCAAUUCUUUGUCUGUGUCCACGAGAAGCAUAGUUUAUGGUGAGCGGGCAUGCCGUAUUUGGUUAGUUUAACUGUACGUUCACGUGGUUUCGUUUAACCUCUGUUGCAAUUCUUUUUGCGCUUGGCCAGCUGAGUCAUACGAGUAAGCUUUUGGUUCGGUUUAUUGCACAUCGCUAUAAGCAGUUGAAGUUUCGUCGGGAAGUGUGUGUUAAGGGUUACUGUAUCAGAUCUUCCAAAAUGAACGUCUACGUAGGAUUCCAUGACCAAAGAAAUAGCAGCAGAAUUUUGAAACCCCCAGGCGGCGGGACCUCGGACAUAUUCGGUACCAACGUCAAAAAAGUCGAAACUGCCGCCAAAAUUAUCGAAGAAACUCCCCAGAGUCCCUUGAAAGAAAUUAUCGAAAUGCCUGUAGAACAUGUUGAAGACACAACACGUAAGGCUGAAGAAGUUACGACGGAUUGUCACGAUUCGAAAAAUGGCAUGAACGGAGACUCAGAAAGUACGAAAGUUGAAGAUUUGAAAGUGGAAGAGCUGAAAAUAAACGAGGAGGUUAAAGAGGAGAACGUAAUUGAAGAAAUAGUAAACAAAAAAGAAGAAUGCAAAGUUGAAUCGAAAGUAGAGAUCACAAAGACGAGUAAAGCAAAGGUUGCGACGAUAGGGAGCAUUUUAGCUCAAGAUGAUAUGGAGGUUCAAGGAUUUCAGAAGAAAAACGUGAAGACACCAAAUCGUGUGCCCCCAGGAGGAUACUCUUCGGGAUUAUGGUGAAAAUUGCUACGUUUCUCACUCGAGGAAGGAAUAUUAAUUCGAUAAGUAACAUAUGAGACUUAUUAUGCACUAUUUUGUAAAUGUGGUUUUUUAUAAGCAAAGUUUGAGUCAUUUUUUAUAAUAAAAAUAAAAUUAAACAAAGAAAUACACCUUUAUAUAUUA